AUUUAAUUCCCAGCGUGCACAUAUUAGCACACAAACAAACCACUGCGUUAUUUUAUUUUUUUCCAGUCGUGAUUUAUAAUCCGUGCCUGGUUCUGAUUUGUUAGAAUCCGGUUUUGAAGUGUUUUGUUUCCAACACAAGUGCGCGUCAGUGGUGCAGUGUAAUAUAAACACACUGCGGUAUGAAGUAGUUUGGUAAACAUUGGCUCUCACGUAACAUGCCCUUUUGAUGCGUGGAACGUACGCCGCGUCACUUCUUGAGUCCCGCCAUGACCGACGAGCUAACCGAGGCGGGGGGCACAACUCGGACCACUGCCUUCUCCGGCGGGGGCGGGUCACCUCGGCCUGCAGCCGCCAGCAGCGAGCGGCUCUCCGUGCCGAAGAGCAGCGUGUGUUCCCGCUCGUACUUCGUGGUGGUGAUGGUGUUCUUCCACGUCUACAUCGUCAACGUGAUCGCGCUGCUGCUCUACGUGCACUACAGCAGCGGCCAGGAGGACGCCGCUGCAGGGCCGCCGGGUCGUGACGCUGCACAGGCGGAGCAGCAGCAGCAAGCACGGCCCCAGCAGCCUCUGCCAUCGGGCACGCAGUGCACGCGUGACGUUCCUCUGCCACGCGUGGAAGGUGUCCGAGUGGGACACGUUCAGAUGCUGUCAUUGGUGCCUAAUAAAGUCCACGAAAUGACAACUUUGAGCCUGAAACCGCUGCUAUUUGAGAUCCCCGGGUUCUUGUCCGAAGACGAGUGUCGUGUGGUGAUGCAACUGGCUCAGCUAAAGGGUCUCACGGAGAGUCAGCUGAUGGUGCAGGAUGGCCAGGAGGAGCUGGCCAAGGAGCUCAACCUCAGCCCGGAGGAGAUCUUCAACCUCCUGGACAUCAACCAGGAUGGACAGCUGCAGCUGCAUGAGAUACUGACUCAUUCCCGGGUGAGGGACGGCAUCUGGCUUACGCCGGAGAACUUACAAGAGAUCUACGCCGGGCUCAAAGUCGACAAAGAUGAGAACGGUUCGCUGAGUUUAGAGGAGUUCCGGCUUCUGAGCGCCGACGCCUUCCAGCGCUUUCUGCUGCAGCGAGGAGUGGAAAGGAGUCAGCUGGUGAGGAACAGUCGGCACACUUGGCUGUACCAAGGCAGAGGGGCACAUCAGGUCCUUCAAGACAUUAAGGAAAGAGUGACUCGUCUUACACGGCUGCCGUCCACUUUGGUGGACCUGAGUGAGCCGCUGCAGGUGGUCCGCUACGAAGAGGGCGGGCACUACCACGCUCAUCACGACAGCGGCCCCGUCUACCCUGAAACCGCCUGUACUCACACGCGUCUCGCUGCCAACGCCUCCACCCCUUUCGAGACGUCCUGCAGGUACAUCACUGUUCUCUUCUACCUAAACUCUGUUGAUGGAGGCGGGGAGACCGCAUUCCCUGUGGCAGACAACAGGACAUUUGAUGAAGUGUGUCUCAUCCAGAAUGGCGUGGAUCUGAUGGACACAAGGAGGAACUGCGAAAAGAGUAACCUGAGGGUGAAAGCUACCAAAGGAAAAGCAGUUUUUUGGUACAACUACCUUUCUGAUGGAAAAGGAUGGGUCGGAGAGCAGGAUGAGUAUGCUCUGCACGGGGGAUGCGUGGUCACCCAAGGCACAAAGUGGGUCGCCAAUAAAUGGAUCAACAUUGAUCCUGAUUACCAGCGCCAGGCUCGCUACCAACAUCUGGUGUCCCAACAGCCAGAGGAUGAGGAUGGCCUAACAUUGCAUUUCGACAUCCAUCAAGAGUUGUAGCACAUCACCCCCCCUCCCACGCACAAUACAUUUGGGACCCCCCUGUGUAGCAGCAGGCACCAUUUGUUCAGGGAAUGAGGUCACAGUGGGUUUAUAUGCAACUUCUGAGGCACUUUUGUCAAAUUUUGCUUGGGCAUUUUUAUCCUGUGAUUUGAUUAAUCUACCUUGUACAGUUUAAGAAUGUUGCACUAAAAAAAAAAUCACCCAAAGGAGCGCCAAAAAAUACAAAUAAGUCAUUUUGCAUGAAGUAGCAAUACUAGCUUUGAAAAUUGCACUUAAAUGAGGUUGCUAAUUAAAUAAUUUUAGUAUAACUUAUUGCUUCAAUGACCAAAAAAAAAAAAAAAAUGACACACCGUCAGUGUGACGCAUGUUGCCUUGUCGUCGCUCCUUGAAUCCUUUAUUUUUUGAUUGUAGUACACUACAGUAGGUAUUGAGAUGUUCUAUUUUAGACAUGUUUUCUUUAAUAACGUUCCCUUAUUUCCCACAUGUAAUAAAGUUCAAUCAACCUUC